CUCUCGGCGCCGUGGCCCUGGGCGACAGAAUGGGUCUCCUCGCCGACGCCCGCGACGACCGGCCCUCCCACAUCGACGACUUCAGCGACGCCAUCCAUGGCAUCUUCAAGCAGACGUGCGCCAUGGGCGUCUUCCCGCCCACGCUCGCCCGGAGGCUGAGGCUGCCCGUGUGGGCGCGCUUGGCGGAUUGCCUGGACCGAGCUCUAGCUCAUGGGCACCGUUUGGUACAGGAAGGAAUUGCGGAGGCCAGGAGGCGGCAGGAGGAGGGGGAGGCCGUCCUCUUGGAUCAACUCCUGCAGGAUAACUUCGACGAAGAAAACGUCUCCAGGCUGCUGACCGACCUGUUCCUCGCAGCGGCUGACACGACCACCCACACGACGAUCUGGUCCCUGUACCUCCUGGGCAGACACCCCGAGGCUGCCGCCCGUGUUCGACAGGAAGUCCUGGACGCCACAGGAGGUUCUGGAGAUGUCCAGCUGAAGCACCUGACAUCCCUAUCGUACCUGAAGGGUGUUGUGAAGGAAGCCAUGAGGUUGUAUCCAGUAGCACCAUUCCAGACCCGCGCCUUAGUCACGGACACGAAUCUGGGAGGAUAUGUUAUUCCUGGAGGGACAAUGGUAGUGCUCUCAGUGUACACGACGGGCCGUGACGCCGCACACUUUCCCAACCCUGACUCCUUCUGCCCGGAGCGAUGGCUACGCAACCUCUCCUUCAGCGCGUGCCCUGCUAAAGGCGCCUCGAGACUCCCCAGCGCCCCCAGCGGACGACUUCAUUCCCACGCCUUCAUCCCCUUCGGCGUGGGUGCGCGGUCGUGUGUCGGGCGUCGCGUGGCUGAGACGCAGCUCCAUCUCCUGCUGGCGAAGCUCGUGUCUCGAUGCCACCUGACGGCCUUGAAUGAUGUGGACUUGGUCCUACGUAUGGUUGGCGUGACGUCAGAGCCUCUGAAGUUGCGAAUCGAUCCUAUUGAUCGGCCUUGCGGCUGAAAUGAGUUUUCAGGGCACCGUGUAACCUUUUGUUAAGAAAAGGCCAAACUGCAUCCUUUUCCUCCCGACCGAAUUGUUGUAUGAAACCAUUGCUUAAGCAGCGCCGCCCAUGACGAGGCUGCCGCAGAGGAUUGGACCGGCACGGGGGUUCCCCUCAGGUCGUUUCAUCUGUUGGACAAACACCCUCAUGCUUACAUUUCUUUCCCACCCCACAAACAUUGGCAUGGAUGCAUAUUAUAUAUAUGUGUGUGUAUGUGGUUGUGUAUUGUAUGUA